AUGGCGUCCGCGCGUAAGAGGCCGAGAGCCGAGCCCGAAGACAACCGGGCAGAAUGCCCAUUCACCAUCAAGAUUGUCGAUCCUAAGGACAAGGAGCAGAAGAAAAAGAAGCGCCGGCGCACCGAGAAUGGCGACGAGGAGGAUACAGCCCAGAGAAUCAAUAUACAGCUGUCGCCCUUUGCGCCUUGUGGCAAGUUCAAGACGCACGAGUCCAUGGAUCUCUAUUACCAAGUCGACCCCUCUAAGAGGUGGACAGACAUGACGAGAUACAACAGCUUCGUCCUGAAUGGGAUCAAGUACUUCAGCGAAGGCUUCAUCUACGUCGCGAACGACUUCAGCAUCGAGCGCCAGAAAGCUGUCAAUAACAACGAACCCAUGCAACCCAGGAAGAAGUCGGACGACGACUGGGUUGCACGCAUCUUGGAAAUCCGCGCGAGCGACGAACACCACGUUGUAUGGCCCGAGUCUACUGGAUGUACUGGCCCGACGAGCUCCCGCAAGGAACCCAUGAUGGGAGGAAAACAGUCCAAAGCCCGCCAGCAAUACCAUGGCAUGAACGAGUUGAUUUGCCUCGAAUCAUAUGGAUAUCAUCAACGUCGUGAGCGUCACCUCGCAGGCGCAAGUGAAACAGUGACGGUCGAGCUUGUGUGCAGCUGCAACACCCCCGGGAACCCCGAUAAGAUGCUGAUAGGGUGCACAACGGAAGCAUGCAAGAAGUGGAUGCACGAACAGUGCAUCCUUGACGAUGCGCUCAAAUCGGUAUACGCACGAUUGGGCACCGACAAGCCACACGUACUUCCCGUAGCCACGAAAAAGGAGGAGAACGGCGACGAGGGCAAACGGCCGUUAAGCCCCUCAGAAACCGGCGCCGAGGGCUCCGCGGAGCAGUCGAUCGACGUCAAGUCCGAGGCUGCGGCAUCCGACGCGGUGCAUGUCGGCACGAAAGAUAACGUUGAGGUCAGGCAGGCAGUCGAUGACGAGGACGCCCAGGCAGCACCUGAGGAUUCGCUCCCCCUGCGGUCCGCCGACCGCCGGCAGCGCGCGGCGAGCGAGAAUACCACCAACACAGAUACGCCGAGCAAGCCGGCCAGCGCCAGCAAGUCAGCGGGCAGGGCGCAAGCUCGGGCAGACCACGAAAGAAGGGGGCUGCGGGAGGCCAAUGGGCGACAGGCUCGCUGGCCGUGGGGAGGGUUUUAUUUCGAGGCCUCGCUGAAGACCGCCGACAUGGGGCUCUGCCAAUGA